UCAUGUCAGCUGUUUAGUCGCAUAGAAGCGUGGCGACUGGCAUUCUGGUCAGCUGUUCUGUGUUUUGAUCCGUGCGUCCGCUGCGCUCACGUUGUACGUGCGUUGAUCGCCGCCGCCGCCGUCGUCGUCGUCGUAAGUUAGUGAUUGCGUUUUUGUCGGCCGGAUCGAGGCAGGCAGAGGUAGUCGUGCGGGAUUAUGUCAGAGGCGGACGCGGCUACGUCGAGCAGCGAGGCCGUAAUGGCCGAGCCCGUGACCGAGUCGACCGAUGUCGACGUGAAGCGCGACUCCGGCAGCGAUUUCGCCGAGCCGGACAACAAGCGGCGCAAGAUCUCCACCGCGGAGAAGGGUCUCGCCGACAAGCGGCACAAGCUGGAGGAGCGUCUCGGUGGGAUUCUCUGCUGCGCAGUUUGUCUUGAUCUGCCACGCGCGGCCGUCUAUCAGUGUCUCAAUGGGCAUUUGAUGUGCGCUGGUUGUUUCACGCACCUGCUGGCGGACGCGCGCCUCCGCGACGAGACCGCCACCUGCCCGAAUUGCCGCGUGGAGAUCUCGAAGACGUCGGCGACGAGGAAUCUCGCCGUGGAGAAUGCCGUCUCGGAGCUGCCCUCCGAGUGCCAGUACUGCAACAAGCAGUUUCCGAGGAACUCGCUGGACCGACACGAGGAUACACAGUGCGAAGAAAGAUUGGCGGUGUGCAGAUUCAGUCGCAUUGGGUGUCCAUGGCGUGGGCCGCUGCAUGAGAGUCGUCAGCAUGAGAAGGAGUGUGUGCAUCCGAACAAAAAUGGCGCCGAGGUGAUGGAGGCUCUGCAGAUCAUGGAUCAGAAACUGGCGGAUGAGCGCGUUUUAUAUGAGAGCAUCUUUGAUUUACUCACAUAUGAGAAAAUCACUUUUAAUGAUUUACAAUUGAAACCGUAUCGCACCGAUGAGUUUGUGCACCGAUUGUUUUACGAAACGUCGCGUUUUUCGGCGUUCAAUAAUCAGUGGGUUGUGAAGGCACGCAUCAACAACAGCCAGAAGGAUCCCACGCAGAGUUCCGAACGUGAUAUGACAUACCAGCUUAUAAUGAAGACAAAAGCAACGACAACGCUGAGCAUUUAUUAUAUAGUGCUUAAAGGACCUUUUGGUGAUAUGAAAAUAAAUCCGCGCAUCUACAAGCAUGAUUUCACCGAGUUGGAGAAUGAAGGGCCCUAUAUGCCUUUGUCGCUCCCCGACACCGGUGAAUGCAAUCGCCUUUUGGCAGCGAAAACAAUAAACUUUAGAUUGAUCAUGUUCUUGUCAUCGAAGUAAACGUCGCAUCUUUCUCAAACCAAAGUGGAUUGUUUGCAACUGUUGGUGACCAAAUAACAGGUUGAUUGGUGUGCGCGAAAAUCGGGGAAUAAUCAUCUAUAGAAUUCAUUAUUUUAUAUUUAUAGACUACGAGAGUGUCAUAUUCAUUUCUUUCAUAUUGGGAUUUCUACCGAAUAGAAUUUAUUUUUUAAUUUUUGAUCAUUUUUAGCAUUAGCUUUUGACUUUUUCGUUUUUUUUUAUAUUUUGAUUAAUUGGCCAUUUUAAAUCUCAAUUUGGAAUUAAUUACGUGUUUGUUGUGAAUGUCUAAAAGCAGCGAUUAAGUAAUAAUGGUAUUUGUGUUGGUUUUUAGAUAAUACGCGUACUCUCAUGCCACAACCGAUCUCGAAAUAGUUUGUUUGCCGGAUAAAUAGUUUGCAAUAUUUAUUAUUUUCACCGCUCCGAAAUUUUGAUUUGUGUUAGGCGUACAAUUUAAUUCGAAUUAACUGUACCUUUAGCUGAUAACGAACAGAUUAAGUACUACUAAAUAUGCAAGAGAUAUUUACAUAUAAAUAUUAUAUUGAUAAAAAUAUAUAUUAUAUAAAUUAAAAAUUAAUCAGAUUAAAUUAUAGAUACUAAUUAAGCAAAGAGGUAUAUUGAUAAAUAUUAUGCUCGCCGCCGUGGAGGCGCAGCGACAACAAAACAAACUGGAAACGAGUACAAGUUUCAGCAAGUUGUUACCACUUUAACUUGUGUAUUGUGUAUAAAGAAGUAAUUUCUCUUUGUUAGCAACUUCACGAUUUACAAACUAUUAUUAUGCUAAUGAAUCUUGAAUUUAAUUAUAAUACACUUUUAAAAUUGA